AUGAAUUUCGCAGUUUUAUUUGCAUGUUUAAUUGUCGGAUUGUUUGCUGCCGAAUGUCCAAAAUUUACAACACAAAACCCGUUUGAUGCUGCACAGUAUGGAGGUUUUUGGUAUGAAUUUGAAAGAUCUAAUAUCAUAUUUGAAAUUGGUUCGAAAUGCGAAAAUGCAACCUAUAAUCUAAAUCCAAAUGGAACAGUUGGACUUUUGAAUCAGGCAAUUAAUAUCUGGAAUCAGUAUGUCUCAUACACUGGUAUAGCUACUGUUAAAGAUCCAAAAGAACCGGCAGCAUUUAUAGUGGAAUUUACGACAGGUGACUAUAAUGUAAUAACAACAAAUUAUAAAGAUUAUAGUUUAGUUUAUGCAUGUGAAGAAGUUUUUGGAAUUAAAGCUGAUUUUAUUUGGAUUUUAUCACGUAAAAAAACAUUACCAGAUUCGAUUGUAAAUGAAUUAAAAACAAUAUUAAAAAAUUUUGGAAUUGAUAUCAGUUCGUUACGACCAACUGUUCAAGACUGUUAA